CAUACACACACACACACAUACACACACACACACACACACACACACACACACACACUCACACACACACACACACACACAAACACACACACACACACACACAUACACACACACACACACACACACACACAUACACACACACACACACACACAUACUCACACACACACACACACACACACACACACACACACAUACACUCACACACACACAUACACACACACACACACACACACACAUACACACACACACACACAUACUCUCACACACACACACACACACACACACACACACUCACACACACACAUACUCACACACACACACACUCAUUCACACACACUCGGUGCAGCAGUGUGGUCAGUAGCUCUCUGUGCGUCUCUCAGUCAUGUUAUCCUUGGCCGCCCUCUCGCUCCGUCUCGUGGCCUCCAGCCGUCACAGCAGCAGGCGCUCUUUAGCAACCGUCAUCUCGGGCAUCAAGACUUCAAACCUGGUGAGGGAGCGGCUGAAGGCGGAGGUGGAGUCGAUGAAGAGUGAGUUCUCUGGAUUCAGACCGGGCCUGGUCGUCCUGCAGGUGGGGGAUAGAGAUGACUCUAACCUGUAUAUCAGCACCAAACUGAAGGCAGCAGCAGAGAUCGGAAUCCAAGCGAAGCACGUUAGGCUGCCAAACACGACCACACAGGACGAGGUCCUGCGCAGCAUCCUGGCGGUGAACGAGGAUCUGUCCGUCCACGGGUUGAUCGUCCAGCUGCCUCUGGACUCUGUGCACGCCAUCGACUCCGAACUCGUCAGCAACGCGGUCUCUCCAGAGAAGGACGUGGACGGUCUGAGCUGUAUAAAUGCAGGGAAACUGUCUCGAGGUGAUCUGAACAACUGUUUCAUCCCCUGCACACCCAACGGCUGCAUGGAGCUCAUCAGACAGACAGGUGUGUCUGUGGCGGGGAAACAUGCCGUUGUGAUUGGUCGCAGUAAGAUCGUCGGCGCACCUAUGCAUGACCUGCUGCUGUGGAACCACGCCACGGUGACCACCUGUCACUCAAAGACUGCAGACCUACCUGAACAGGUGGGGCGGGCUGAUAUCUUGGUGGUGGGGGCGGGCCGAGCAGAGAUGGUGAGAGGAGAGUGGGUGAAGGAGGGUGCUGUGGUCAUCGACUGUGGAAUCAACUACAUACCAGACGAAACGAAGGCGAGCGGGAAACGGGUGGUGGGAGACGUCCACUACGCCUCAGCCAAUCAGAGAGCAGGAUUCAUCACACCUGUCCCAGGGGGGGUGGGGCCAAUGACGGUGGCGAUGCUCAUGGAGAACACGGUGCAGAGUGCUCAGCGGCUCCUCCUGAAGAGUCAGCCGAGGAGGUUAAAGACGGAGAAAGUUCCCGUGUGAUUCAUCACCUCUUUC